GGUAGCGUUAAUGAGCAGCUCGGUCAUGUCCACACGAAAAAAUCAAGAAGAACAAAGCCGCCACUUGAAAAGACAUUGAGCUUGAGGAAAUGGAAACGGUAAAACUGUAUAUGGGACAAACCCUCUUUGGUUUCCGCUACGAGCGUAUCGAAGGCAAAGGAAUCCCAGCAAAGAACACCGGAGUCCAAAACUUUUCGCACCCUCACGUUUAUCUCAGUUUGGCCGACAAGGCACGCUGGAAGUAUGCCUCUGAAGCACUCGAGUACGGACUACUAGAAGCCGGAUGGGGCGCUGAUGAGGUUUUCGUAAAGGGCCAAUAUAUCCGAAAUGGUGUGUACGAAGACCGAGGAGAUUCUCUUCAUGAUACUUUAUGCGAUCGGAACGUGAACUGGCCGUCAGAUAUCCAGCUCACUCGAAUCCGGACAGCAAAACAUAUUUCCUGGGCAUAUGCCGGCUUCGUUUUAGCUGGAACCGUUUACGGUGGCCUUCACCUCGUAGCCUGGAAUGCUCCAUUCGCUUCCUCAGUCGAAAAACUAUUGUGGCGCAGUUCAGGCCUUGUACUUGUCCUGUCUGGUCCUGUUUGUGCCCUCGUAUUUGUGGUACGAACUUGGUUCAAAGAUGGCGUGGAAGAAUGGAAGGACGAACCCUUACGUUACCACCGAGCUUUUUUUGUACGGGUGGUUGUAAUUGGCUUCCAAUCCUGGAUUUCCACCAGCUAUCAUCUGGCUACCUUCUUGCUUGUCCUGUCCGCCUUCUGCUACUUGACAGCGCGGGUGUAUCUGGUGGUUGAAUGCUUUAUCAAUAUGGCCCACCUACCUGAGGAUGUCUUCAAAGUCCCUACCUGGACCCAAUAUUUCCCACACAUUAUUUAG